CCCAGGCCCCUCUAAUAUAACCUGCUGUUUGUCUCGAGCAAAUUGACACGAAUCAACAGAGACACCCGGCGCUCACAGCAGCCUCUCCACGUUUCCAAGUAAAUGCCAACAGGCCACUACUUGAUUUUCUACUCCGCUGUCAUUGGCGAGAUGCAGUGCCUGUCAUGCUGGGCCACAGGCAUGGACUUUCCCUGCAGUAUCCACCAUCAGAAGCUCGCUCUCGUCCUGCUUCCCCCAUUGGAGUUCCAUGUUGCCAUUCUCUACCCGCCUGCAAUCAACACUGAACGCCCCUUCUUUUCUCGGCUUUGCUUAGCGACGGUAUUGGCUGUCAGGAACAGGAACGACCACCACGGCCGAAGAGAAGUGUCGUCCAAGAGACCGAACAGGGUUUCUGACUUUUAUGUAUCAUUUUAAGAGUUUUUAAUUAACAUAUACAUUGUCUUAUGUAUUAGAAAGUCCAUUCAGAAUGACAUUGAAAAGCGCCCGCGUACGUUUCUGUGUUUCGUUCGACACCGUGGAACUCAAGGGGGAUAUGUGCCUGACUUGUCUUGAUAGCCAUUUUUUGCAGACAAAGAGAACUGUUGAGUAGUGUUUAUAAAAGACAAAAGGGUCUUGGUCUCCUAUCCAUGGAGAAAGUGGGCAAGAUGUGGAGCAACCUGAGGAGCCGAUGCCAGACCCUCUUCCACACCGACAGUGCGGGACCCAGUACAGAGAACAGCGUGGUGGAGGUGGACGGUAUGCACUGUGUGGUGGACCUGGGACGGGGAGGCAAUUCAGGCGAGGCCCAGGCUUCUCGGGCCUCUAGCCUGCCCCGAAGCCUCUUGCCGCUCCCCAUGGUUACUGGGGGACGACGUCACAACUGUGUGUCGGACAUCCCCCAGAUAGUGGAGAUCACCAUAGACAGCAAAGACAGUGAGGAUGCGAGGGGGGGUCGUGGAGGAGUCCCUGUGGCCCGGAGAGACUCGUACUCACGCCAUGCACCUUGGGGGGGCAAGAAAAAACACUCAUGUUCCACUAAGACUCAGAGCUCCAUGGAUACAGACAGGUGGUCAGGGCGCGCGCGCGGGGCCGCUGGCCGGAGGGACCGUCGCUACGGGGUCAGCUCUAUCCAGGAAAUGGGGGACUCAGGGGUCGGGGGGCGCAGUCUGAGCGCCCGUUCCCUGCGCCAGCGGCUUAGCGAUACAAUGGGCCUGUGUCUCCCCCUGCCCCCCCGCCGUCGCUCGCGCUCUUCCAAGACCCCCACCAUCUCGAAGCGCAAGAUCCACCUGACAGAGCUGAUGCUGGAGACCUGUCCCUUCCCCCAGGGCUCGGACUUGGCCAACAAGUGGCACCUGAUCAAGCAGCACACGGCGCCCGUCAGCCCGCAUUCCUCCACGGCUCUGCUUGACGCCUUCGACACCGCCCACCCCUCCCCCGAGGACGAGGAGGAGCGUCUGCGCGAACGCCGCAGGCUCAGCAUUGAAGAGGGAGUGGACCCCCCACCCAACGCCCAGAUUCACACCCUGGAGGCCUUGGCGCAGGGCUCCUCUUUGUACAAACUGGGACCAAAGAUGGCCCCCGGCAUUGCAGAGGCCUCUGGGGAGGCCCGGGGCACCGCGGCCUGCUGCUCAGGAGUGGGGGUAUCGGUGCAGGUGCUCGGGGGUGCUACAGCCCAGUUGGCUGACUGUGACUCGGAGGAGGACUCAACUACCCUAUGCCUGCAGGCCCUGAGGCCCAAGCAGCGGCACGCAUCCGGGGAUGGCAAUCUGAGCCGGAACCAGCCUGGGCCAUGGAAGGUGCACACGCAGAUUGACUACAUCCAUUGCCUGGUACCGGACCUGCUGCAGAUCACUGCACUGCCCUGCUACUGGGGCGUGAUGGACCGCUACGAGGCGGAGGCGCUGCUGGAUGGACGGCCCGAGGGCACCUUCCUGCUACGAGACUCGGCCCAGGAGGACUACCUGUUCUCAGUCAGCUUUCGCCGCUACAACCGCUCGCUGCAUGCCCGCAUCGAGCAGUGGAACCACAACUUCAGCUUCGAUGCCCACGACCCCUGCGUGUUCCACUCAUCCACCGUCACAGGCCUACUGGAGCACUACAAGGACCCCAGCGCCUGCAUGUUCUUUGAGCCGCUGCUCACGGCGCCACUCCACCGGGCCUUCCCUUUCGGCUUGCAGCACCUGGCACGCGCCGCCAUCUGCCCCCGGACCACAUACGACGGCAUCGGCGGCCUGCCACUGCCCCCGGCCCUGCAGGACUUCCUCAAGGAGUAUCACUACAAACAGAAAGUGCGUGUGCGCUGGCUGGAGAGGGAGCCGCCACUCAAGAUCAAAUAGUGGCGGGGCUCUGGCGGCCUGUGCGUGCCGCCGCGGGCUUAGUCAAAACAGGAAAAACUCCCAGCCAAUCAGGAGGUAAUACUGAACAUGGCACUUUUCAGUCAGGCAGGGAGGGGUAACUGGAGGGAAGGAGUUAGGUAAAGUGAUCUAUCCAAGAUUCAUUCUAAUUUCUUUGUUUUACUUAUUACUACUUACAUCACAUGGAAUACAUAUCUAUUAUAUUCAGUAUAAUGCUGUCUGGCAAGCACAUUUUUACUAUUGAAAAGAUUCUGAAAGGGAGAGCAUAAGCCUUCAUGCUUGGUCUCCCUCUCUCCUGUUUCAUUCUGUCAAGUGUCUGCCUGAUCCCACAGCAUGAGCUGCCUGCAUGGCCCCCCUCACCCCUCCCCCCAGUCUCUAUCUAGGCCCACAUGGUUAGCUAGCUAUGUUGUACAGUUCACUCAUACUUUCUAUCCUUCCUUUUUUUUCCUGUUGCUUGAUCAAGCGACUAGAAGAAUGCCUGGCGGGCAUCGUGAGGCUUGAGGUGUGGAGUUGACAGUGGCUUUACUGGAGAGAGGGGUGGGGGGGUUUGCUGCAACUAAAACUCCUACUGCAGUUCGCUAGGGCCCGCUUGGUGGACAGUGUCGUACAGACACACACCCAGCCAUCAUCAAAUAUCAUUGAGUAGGCCUAUGUCUGAAAUAAGGUGCUGUUUAAGGGUGCUGUCCAGUAGUUCUUCGCCCCAAAGGCAAUGUGGAACGCGGCCAGGUCCAAAGGUGCUGCUACAGCGUACACCUGUAGGGGGCGAGGCAUACACAGCCGUGUGUGUGGUCACUGCGAGUCCUUGGCUUUUAGAUAUCCUCACUGUCGUUUCUCGAAGCAUAAUCGUUGUCUACCACCACCACUGUGUUGGCACAGGUGUACGGUUCUUCUAAUGGAACAAUAAUAAUGAUAUUUGUCCUGGUGGUUGUUUUCUCACACCUGUCUGCCGGUGGCUCAAACUGGCUACAGAACAGGCACUUUAACUGUGCGUGCAGUUUUUGAAGACACACACACUGGUUAUUGUCUCAGGGUCUGGUUUGUUUCUGGACCUGUGUUCUGCCUUCAUGGUGUCCCUUAUCUUUAUCUGUGGCAUCCUCCAUGCUGCUCAGGGUUCAUAUAAUUCAUGUCUGCACCCUCCACAGACCAAUGACAUUAUACAGUUAACUUGACUCCGCUUUACACAUUACAGCCACAAUCCCGCUUUAUAGUAUUAGUACCCGAAGGAGCUACGUUUGAUAUGCGCAUUGUCACUGCUGCUAGCCAUGCCCGUAAUAACCCAGCAUAUUGUGAGAGCUUGCAUCAGGAAGACGAAUACAACAAAGAGUAACCUAUGUGCCUUUCAUAGAGCCUCCUGAUCUACUUUAAACUCUUGAGCCUGGUGCAUAGAAUACUCCAGCAGCACUUCCCACUCAUGUAGCCCUUAAAUGGAGGAUGAGGAGGAGGAAAAUGAAUGAUGUGGAGCAGGGGAUGAAGAGCUCUGUUCAUUGGUGCACAUUCAAUAUUUUAUAUAUAUAUAUUUACAUUUUUCACAUUUCUAUUUCAUCGAGAAAAUAUUGUCAAUGUUAGCUAGCUAGCUAGAAGUGAAUACACUACUCCAUUGUCUAGCUGUGGAGGCUGGUGGGAGGAGCUAUAGGAGGAUGGGUUCAUUGUAAUGGCUGGAAUGGAAUUAAUGGAGUCAGACUUGGUUCCCGUAUCUUUGAGGUGUUUGAUACCGUUCCAUUUAUUCCAUUCCAGCAAUAACAAUGAGCCCGUCCUCCAAAAGCUCCUCUCAACAGCCGCCACUGCUGUCUAGAAUCAUUUAUUGGCUUCACUUCCAAAAGUCAUUGGGUUUUAUAGGUGGCUGGAUAGGUUGGGCAAGGCAGCGUCAGGUCCUGGAGGGCUUCUACACUGGACAUGUUUUAGAACGGCACACCUAUAGCGACAAAAAAAAGAUAAGAAAUGAGGAGUACCUGUAUAUGGAAAUACUAUCUGCAAAUGUAUACAAAUUUAAUUCUUACAAAUUAUCGGUGUGAUAUCAGUGAUUUUUAUCCUGGUUGGAUAGGUAACUUGAAUCCAGUCUCUCUGAAUGGCAGGGAAUAUGUUUAUUUUAACUACCCAACACGCGUUGUGUGUGUGUGUGUGUGUGUGUGUGUGUGUGUGUGUGUUACCAGAGGGGGAGGAUCAUGAAUGAAAAUGCAAUGAAUGCAUAUUAUUAGCUUAUUCAUGACCAUUUCUGAGUGUCUGUGACCAAAGCUCUGUUAUUCAACGGUGUUGCACACAAGCUGCAUUGUUUUUAGUAGUAUUGCUCGCCACUAUGUCUCUAGGGCUCUUUAAAAUUACCAUUUUAUUUCAACUGAACAAACAUUUUAAGCCUACAGGGCAGGCGAUGUUGCCAGGUAGAAACAGAGACGAGCCCCCAUCACCUUACACCUCUGUCUUGCAACUGCUCUGGCCUCUGCCAAGCCCUUUUGUGCUACAUUCACAGUGUACUAAUGAAAGGUAAUGUGAUGUGUAGGUAUGUGUUAUGGUUUGGAGGCAGAAGUGCAGGAAAGGGUGUCAUUGUCAAUGGUAUAAUUGAGGCAUGUGUGUGAUAGUUAAAUCAACUAGAUGCUCUUUUUCAUAUCCAACCCUCCCUCCCUCCCUCUCUCUUCUGUGGCCUAAACCCAAUCAGACAGAACUUACUUUGUUUUCAGAAAGCUUGGAGAUUGCAUGUGAAAAUCACCCAUUUGUAUGCUCUAUGAAGGGCUGUGGAGGACUGUUUGAAGGGGGAAAAAAUAGGUUGACAUAUAAGUCACUUGCAUGUGCACUUGUAUGUUCUAUAUCCACAUCCAUGUCUGUCUAUCACCCUGACAUCUUGUAUGGGAUAGCUGUUAAACAUUCACUCUCCUGCGCACACACACAGGCUCUUACCCACGCGCGCGCACACACCUACUCUUUGCCACCUGUCUAUCAUGCUACGGCGAUGGCCUACUGGCACUAAUCACUGGCUAAAUGUACCUCGCCGGGAUCUACAUUUACUGUGCUGUGCGCAUAAAGGGCCACUGUGUUUCCUAAUGGGUGCCCCUCUCUUUCUCUGACCACAUCCUCAACAUGACCCUGCUGAUGCUGCUGGGAUAUGUGGAGGGGACUUAGGGGCUCUUGUUUAUGCUGGUGGCUGCUUUCCCCUCCACGUUCUGCGGCCGCCCCAGCCCUGUUUGGGAGCUAGGCUAAAGUUAGCAUUAAAAGAGAGUAGCGCCUUAGUCACACAAUGUACCAUUGAAGGCCCGGUUUCCUGCUGUGGGAAUGGGGGGCGAGGGGGGGUCUAGGGAUUUGUUGAAGUUAUGGCACUUUAAUUGUCUGUGCGCGUGUUUGUGUUUUAUUUGUUCAAGGUGGAGAUGUGGGUGUGAGUGGAGUAUUUCAUUUGUGUUCAUACAUCACAAGCAAUGUUGGAGGACAGAUUUAUGUUCUGUGGAGUUGCAGACUUGUGUGUGUGUGUGUGUGUGGACCACAUAGAGGGGGUCUGGUGGAGGGGAUGUGGAGUCUGCUGUGAGGGGUACCCCCCCUAUGAACAAUGCCUCUUGUCCACCUAUUCUCAGGCAGGCCCAAUGUUAGGCUAGUUCCAGGAUCUCUUCUCAACUUACUUGUUAUAAAUCUGAGACAGGCAGGUCAUAUCACCAGCCAACCCUGUUUGACCACAUCACGACCCCUGGCCUGGAUCAAGGUUUCAGCUCUUAGAGGAAAAAUACAAGUUUUAUUCUCAUCUUUCCCCUAUUUUUUUUGGAAAGCUGGGUAAAAAUGCUAUAUGCAAACGAGGGGGAAAAAAUGAAAAGAUGUAUGACUAAAGAAUUAUUAUUUUUCGUUAUUCUUCUCCCUUAUAUGCAAUGGAGUGUACUGUAACAAUGGUCGCAAUCCUCUUGUCACUUUAAUGCUGUAUGUGCACAUCGGUUGCUAUGUGGGUGCCGUGGCAACAGGACUUGACAAUGAUGGGGACUAAUGGUUGUCAUUCUACAGCACCAUUGUGUUCCCAGACUGCCUUAUUCAUUCUGACCAAUCACGAGCCCUUUCAUAUCUGGGGCCGCAGGCACUGCCACAGACUUUAAAAAAAAACUCUGGUCAGACGAAUAUCGCCGUUCCAUUAUUAUAAUGUUUUUGUUUUUUUACUGUUGUCAGGAAGGAUUUGGAGAGUGCAAAUGUUCACAUUUCAGUGUCUUUGUUGUUCUGUGUAUCUGCUUCACCAUUCAGACAGUUGUUUCUUUCCAUUAUAACCUGUUCAUUUUAAAGAGCCGUAUGAUGCGACACUUGUAGCUGUCACUCUUGGUGCUUGGCUUAUGCUUCAUUGUCUUAAUAUUCCAAAUAAAACUGUUAAGCGUAAUCUA